AUGAUGCUGCUAGGGCAGUUCGGUCUGUUAGGGCUCUCAAUCCUUGCUUCGGUCCGGGCGGAAAGUAGUCUUACAACAGCGGCUUCAGCGUCAAAGUCAAGCUCCGAUUCAUCGGCCUUGGGGUCUGAUUCGAGCAGAAGUUCAUCGACAAGCACAUCUAGUUCGGCGGCUGCGACGCAUACUGUUUCGGUUGGUGCAGAUGGCAUCAAUUAUUCUCCCGUUUCAUUGACCGCGGAUGUUGGAGAUAUCAUCGAAUUUCGCUUUUAUCCCCAGAACCAUUCUGUAGCUAGAGCGGAGUACAAACUACCAUGCAUACCCUACGAAGAUACUGGAGCAGGGAAGGUCGGAUUUUGGAGUGGUUUUGAACCUAUUGCAAUUGUCUCAAAUAAUCCACCUACAUACAGUGUAGUCAUCAACGACACGGAACCUAUAUUUUUCUAUUGCUCGUCUCCGGGAGCUUGUCAGGAGGGAAUGGUUGGGGUGAUCAAUCCCAACGACACGCAAACUUUCGAUACUCAAUUGGCAUAUGCUCAGAACGCAACCCUGGUAUUCUCUCCCAAUGAAUAUUUCCCAGCAGAAACCUCAAAAGCCACAACAGGAAGCUCAGCAACUGCCACAUCGGCCUCAGACUCCAACGUGACUUCAUCCCAUAAGCCAUUCCCACCUGGCGCCAUCGCCGGUAUCGUCGUUGGUGCAGUGGCAGUAAUAGCCCUGGCCGGAGCUCUCUUUUAUAUGUGCGGCCGCCAUCGAAUGAUGAAGGAAGUCUUUCAUAAUGGACCAUCCAACGGACCGCAAACCAACAAUGCUUUCGACAACAACCAUAAUUCUUACAUGUCUCAAGGAGGCACUACAGUUUCCGAAGCCAAUUAUCCUAACAUGACGAAAUUUUCAUCCGGUCUAACAGCCAUGGAUUCUGCAUCUGGACGCUUCUCGCCUCAUAACGGCGCGUACACGGAAACCGAUGCAAAUAGUUUCAGAAGUCGAAGUCCGCCGAUUGAUGAGACGGGUAUGCAGACGGUUAGAAACGGUCAAUAUCAGAGUGUGUCGGUAGGAAGUCCGAUGGGGAGUCCUGGAUUCCCUAGCCCGGCGUAUAAUCACGAGGCCCAUUUGAAGGCACAGCCAAUUGGGAAGCCAACAUUGAGUGAGAUGGAUGAUAGGACUGUGCAAGAGGCUUUCAGAACACAAGAAAAACAAAAACAGAACCAAGGACAAGGCCCAAUAGAAUUACCAGUGCCAAGCCGAAGCGCGAGUAUGACGGCGGGCGCACCUUCUCCGGAGAGAGAACGGCCGUUUUCCUAUACGGAUAGCGAGAGUGGGUAUGUGGGGAUGAUGAGGAGUGAAAUUGUGGAUAAGACGCGAUGA